CCCCGCGCCCGCCGCAGCCAUGAACUUCCAGGCGGGGCCCGGGCAGAGCCCGCAGCCGCAGAGCCUGGCGGCGCCGGGCGGGCCGGGGCCGGGCUCCUCGGGGCCGCCGCAGGCCGGGCCGCCCCCGCCCCAGUUCGGCCUCUCCAACUCGGCGGCCAUCCGCGCCGAGAUCGGGCGCUUCGAGUCGGUGCAUCCCAACAUCUACGCGGUCUACGACCUGCUGGAGCGGGUGGAGGACCUGGGGCUGCAGAGCCAGAUCCGGGAGCACGUCAUCUCCAUCGAGGAUUCGUUUGUGAACAGCCAGGAAUGGACCCUGAGCCCGGUGCCUGAGCUCAAAGUGGGCAUCGUGGGGAACCUGUCCAGCGGCAAGUCGGCCUUGGUGCAUCGCUACCUGACUGGCACGUACGUGCAGGAGGAGUCCCCAGAAGGUGGCCGGUUUAAGAAGGAGAUCGUAGUGGAUGGUCAGAGUUACCUGUUGCUGAUUCGAGAUGAAGGGGGCCCCCCCGAGCUCCAGUUCGCCGCCUGGGUGGACGCCGUGGUGUUUGUCUUCAGCCUGGAGGACGAGAUCAGCUUCCAGACGGUGUAUAACUACUACCUGCGGCUCUCCAGCUACCGCAGCACGGCCGAGGUGCCCAUGGUCCUGGUGGGGACGCAAGACGCGAUCAGUGCCACGAAUCCCCGUGUCAUCGAUGACUCUCGGGCCCGCAAACUCUCCAACGAUCUGAAGCGUUGCACGUACUACGAGACCUGCUCCACCUAUGGCCUGAACGUCGAGAGAGUCUUCCAGGAUGUGGCUCAGAAGGUGGUGGCCCUGCGGAAGAAACAGCAGCUCUCCAUAGGGCCCUGCAAGUCCCUGCCCAAUUCACCUAGCCAUUCGUCUGUCUCUGCGGCCUCUAUUCCUUCUGUGCACAUCAACCAGGCCACCAAUGGCAGCGGCGCCUUUAGCGACUACUCCUCCUCCGUGCCCUCCACCCCCAGCAUCGGCCAGCGGGAGCUGCGCAUCGAGACCAUCGCUGCCUCCAAUACGCCCACCCCCAUCCGCAAGCAGUCCAAGCGGCGCUCCAACAUCUUCACGUCUCGAAAGGGCGCAGACCCGGAGCGGGAGAAGAAGGUGCUGGAGUGCAAGGCGGACAGUAUCGGCAGCGGGCGGGCCAUUCCCAUGAAGCAGGGCAUUCUCCUGAAGCGCAGUGGCAAGUCCCUCAACAAGGAGUGGAAGAAGAAGUAUGUGACACUGUGCGAUAACGGAGUCCUCACCUACCACCCCAGCCUGCAUGAUUACAUGCAGAACGUCCAUGGCAAGGAAAUAGAUCUCCUGAGAACAACAGUGAAGGUGCCGGGCAAGCGGCUCCCCAGGGCCACGACGACAACAGCCCCCAGCGCCAGCCCCAAAACCAACGGGCUUGCCAAGGAGCGGAGCAGCAUGCAGUUCCCAGGAGGCCCAGGUGCCCCCCACUCGACCAGCAGCACCUCCCUGCACUCCGAACGCUCCAUCAACUUGGUGGGCUUCUGCUCGAAGCCAGACGGCAUGCACCAGCGCUCCUACUCCGUCUCCAGCGCAGACCAGUGGAGUGAGGCGGUGGUGAUCCCCAGCAGCUGCCCCAACCCCCCUAACGGCACCUCAGAUGCUCUCAGUUCCAGCCCAAAUAUGUCCAACACUGCGAGCCCGAAGCUGGAGCCGCCUCCAUCCCCUCAUGCAAACAGGAAGAAACACCGCAGGAAAAAGAGCACAGGGACAGCCCGCCCUGAUGGCCCCAGCACAGCAGCAGAAGAACAAGAUGAGUCGUUCGAGUUCAUCAUCGUGUCGCUGACAGGCCAGACCUGGCUUUUUGAGGCCUCGACGUCAGAGGAGCGGGAGCUGUGGGUCCAGGCCAUCGAGAGCCAGAUCUUGGCCAGCCUCCAGGGCUGCGAGAGCAGCAAGAACAAGGCUCGGCUGGGCAGCCAGAGCGAUGCACUGGCCCUGCAGACGGUCCGCACUGCACGUGGGAACAGCUUCUGUGUGGACUGCGACGCGCCCAACCCUGACUGGGCGAGUCUGAACCUGGGCUCCCUCAUGUGCAUCGAGUGCUCCGGGAUCCACCGUAACCUGGGCACCCACCUGUCCCGGGUGCGCUCCUUGGACCUGGACGACUGGCCUGGCGAGCUCAUCAUGGUCAUGACAGCCAUUGGCAACGCGCUGGCCAACGCGGUCUGGGAAGGGGCAGUGGAGGGCUACCAGAAGCCGGGCCCCGAGAACACCAGGGAGGAGAAGGAGCGCUGGAUCCGGGCCAAGUAUGAGCAGAAGCUGUUCCUGGCUGCCCUGCCGCACUCGGACGUGCCCCUGGGGCAGCAGCUGCUGCGGGCCGUGGUGGAGGACGACGUGCGCCUGGUGGUGACGCUGCUGGCCCAUGGCACCAAGGAGGAGGUGAACGAGACCUACGGGGACGGGGAUGGGCGCACGGCGCUGCACCUCUCCAGCGCCAUGGCCAACGUGGUCUUCACGCAGCUGCUCAUAUGGUAUGGGGUGGACGUGAAGAGCCGGGACGCCCGUGGCCUGACGCCCCUGGCCUACGCCCGGCGAGCUGGCAGCCAGGAGUGCAUCGACAUCCUCCUGCAGCAUGGAUGCCCUAGCGACAGCUCCGUGAGCACACUGACCCCCAGCCUGCCCCCCCGCAACGCCAACAACUCCUGCUCGGCGUCCCCAGCUGAGCUGGGCCCCAGCCCCAGCGUCCUCUAGCCACCCUGCUGGGCCGGCCUCCCACUCGGAGCCCCAAGACGGUGCGGGGCUCCCGGACCCACCAGAUGCUGCUGAUGAUGAGGGGACCCGGUCUCCCUGCCUUGCCGGGGAUCUCACAGGAGCAAAACCACACUGGGGCUGGCAUGGUGCACCCUGUGGCCGACGACACCAGCUGACUAGCUCCACAUGCAAAGGUGCCCUCGCAGAAGAAGGGGCACCCCUGCCUUGCACCCACCCCCGCAUGGGGAGGCAGUUCCUGUGCACCCUCCUUGCCUCCCACCUGCUACAGAGAGACAUUUCCUGUGUGCCCCCCUCCACCUGGUACAGAAACACAGUGCCUGUCUGCCCCCCUCCACCUGGUACAGAGAGACAUUUCCUGUCUGCCCCCCUCCACCUGGCACAGAGAGACAUUUCCUGUGUUCCCCCCUCCACCUGGCACAGAAACACAGUGCCUGUCUGCCCCCCUCCACCUGGUACAGAGAGACAUUUCCUGUGUGCCCCCCUCCACCUGGUACAGAAACACAGUGCUUGUGAGCCCCCCUCCACCUGGUACAGAGAGACAUUUCCUGUGUGCCCCCUUCCACCUGCUACAGAGAGACAGUCCCUGUGUGCCCCCCUCCACCCGGCACAGAGCGACAGUCCCUGUGUGCCCCCCUCCACCUGGUACAGAGAGACAGUCCCUGUGUGCCCCCCUCCACCUGGCACAGAAACACAGUGCCUGUCUGCCCCCCUCCACCUGGUACAGAGAGACAUUUCCUGUCUGCCCCCCUCCACCUGGCACAGAGAGACAGUCCCUGUGAGCCCCCCUCCACCUGGCACAGAGAGACAUUUCCUGUGUGCCCCCCUCCACCUGGCACAGAAACACAGUGCUUGUGAGCCCCCCUCCACCUGGUACAGAGAGACAUUUCCUGUGUGCCCCCUUCCACCUGCUACAGAGCGACAGUCCCUGUGUGCCCCCCUCCACCCGGCACAGAAACACAGUGCCUGUCUGCCCCCCUCCACCUGGUACAGAGAGACAUUUCCUGUCUGCCCCCCUCCACCUGGCACAGAAACACAGUGCCUGUCUGCCCCCCUCCACCUGGUACAGAGAGACAGUCCCUGUGCGCCCCCCUCCACCUGGUACAGAGAGACAGUCCCUGUGAGCCCCCCUCCACCCGGCACAGAGCGACAGUCCCUGUCUGCCCCCCUCCACCUGGUACAGAGAGACAGUCCCUGUGAGCCCCCCUCCACCUGGCACAGAAACACAGUCCCUGUGUGCCCCCCUCCACCUGGCACAGAGAGAGUCCCUGUGUGCCCCCCCACCGCGGUACAGAGAGACAGUGCCUGUGCACCCCUGCACACCUCACCCUGUACAGAGAGAGAGUUCCUGCCUGCCCCCACUGCCCCCCCCACCUGGUACAGAGACAGUUCCUGUGCCCCCCCCAUACAGGGAGGCAGUCCCUGUGUACCCCUGCCCCCCCCAUACAGGGAGGCAGUCCCUGUGUACCCCUGGCCCCCCCCAUACAGGUGCCAGGCUCGGGGGGCUGUGUGCAUGCUGCACCACUGUAGGACGGAGCCCAGCUCUGCUGCGGCCCUGCUGCUUCCUCUGCCUGCAAUUGCAAAGGGAAUUGCCCACCGGGGCAGCCGCGGCCCCUCGCUUGCAAGCAGGAGAGGAGAGGGACUGACCCGCUCUGGGAACCUCCUGGCUGUGUCCAUUCCCUUGGAGACUCCCUGGCCUGCCCCACGGCUCCGUACCCUGCUCCUGCUGCCCUGCCAGGGGGCUGGCCUCUGGCUGAGCCUGGGGAGGGGAGACGGGUUCUCUGGCCCGAGCCUGCACCACGUGCUGGGCCCCCAGGCUUGGGACACGGCUUCUGGGGCGACUCCGCCGCGCAUGUAUAAAAUGUACAUUGGAAAUAUUUAUAUGGACGCGCUGUAAAUACUGUUUCUUUGCCCUGUGUGUGACCUGCAGCCAAGGAGAUAACAGCCAAUAAAGCUCCCUCCUCCUGCCA